AUUGUGUUGAGCAUUAUUCCGCUAGCCAAGGAUAUGAAAUAACGAUGGGUAUAUGAAGUACAUAUGAUUUAAUCAUCUUUCGUUGCAUAAUCGAUGCUUUUCCAUGGCCUUAACAAUCAUUCCGUAGAGAUGGUUUUAGUCGUUCUGAAUGUUUUGUCAAUACUUGACCGAGAUUGUUAGUGGGGGUGUGUUAUUCCCUACAAUUAUUUCAUAUAAGAGGUACAUAUUCCCUGGAGUUAUUCCCUACACUCAUUUGAUGUCUUCAACUUUUUUUUUUUGGGUUAGAGCUAGCCGAAUUAUCACUAACGCGAUAACCCCCGUCUUUUCGUGGGGGGAGACUAAGAUCUAACAAGAACUACUCUGAACUGGAUGCCUUUAACAUCUCAAUAUCUCCCAUCAAAUUUUACAAAAUGCUAGAGAACGAUGAGCCAGUGGGCAUACUUGAGUCAUCUUACCAAUAUGGAGCAUCCGCACUUGAUCAAUCAAGCCGUUCAAAACCACUGCGAACCUUUCUCUUCGGCUAUCCACUCCACAAUUCGUUAGCCCCUCUAUUACACGCGAAAAUUUUCGAGGGGCUCUCGCUACCAUGGACGUAUUCACCCAUGGAAACGCAAGAUGCAUCGAGAUUUAUCCCUUCACUUAAAGCACCUGAUGUAAUUGGUUGCGCUGUUACAAUGCCUUAUAAGGUAUCCAUGAUGUCGGUUGUAGAUGAAGUUACUGCGGAGGGUAAGGUCAUUGGAGCCAUCAAUACUGUGUUUAUCCGCAGAGCAUUUGAUGGAAGUCCUAGGUAUAUCGGAACCAAUACGGAUUGCAUUGGUGUGCGAGAAUCCUUUCUGCAGAACUUCCCAGACGUACUAGAGCACUCUACGGGAAAACCAGGCCUCGUAAUAGGGGGAGGCGGGGCUUGUAGAUCUGCUAUAUACGCACUGUGGAAAUGGCUUGGAAUAAGCAAGAUAUAUCUAGUGAACAGGCUUGAAAGCGAGGUCACAGAGGUGAUUAAAUCUCUAAAGGCUACGGGGUUUGGGGGUGAGCUCAUCCACGUAUCAUCGGUAGAAAUGGCCGAGGCUCUAGAAGCACCGGUUCUAAUCGUUGGUACUGUUCCCGACUUCCCACCAAGAGAAGAGGGGGAGAUCAUUGCAAGAAAUAUCAUCACCACAUUUCUUUCAAGUAAGAACAAAGGCUACGUUCUAGAGAUGUGUUAUCACCCUAAACCUAGGACCGAGUUCUUCGAAAUUGCUACAGCGGCGGGAUGGAGAGUUCUGUACGGAACGGAGCCAAUGAUCUAUCAGGGUGUCGCACAACAAGUGCUAUGGACAGAGCUACCACUGGAGACUUUUAGUUUGGAUGAAGUAAAGCAGGUUAUUUCCGAGAAACUAGAGAAGAUAUAGGACAGGAGGAGAAGCUAGCAGCUGGAUAGCUUAUCCUGAUCAGGUAGUUUAGAGAUGGUUUGACCAGACUCGAACGCCGACUACCUGGACUGGGAGCUGAGGUUCUAUUUUUGCUCGAUAAACUCUUAAAGGGCCAAAUGAUAAGUUCCAUAUUGAAUUUCUUUGGACAAUUCCGUCAAUAGACACUCGAAUCUUAGUAACUAACCCUUUGAGGUGGCUCCUACUAAGUACAUUCGGUUCGUCAAGAAUAGAUGUGUCAGGUUGUGGGCGGCAAGUCAACGUGAGAGGUAGUAGGUAGGUAGCAAAUGGGUAGAUUAGUGACUAAAGUAUCGCGCAACCCUUCUUAAAUCUAAGGGGGGCGAAGCCUCCCUUAUAUAUCUGCGGGCUAGCCGCUAGCUAGCCGCAGGCUAGC